AUGGAAACAAGUACAAAAGCCGUUGUUCCUGGUGAUACCUUAUAUGAAGCAAAAGACGGAUAUGAAUGUGGACGAGGAGUGUAUGAACUAAAGGGUUUUAUACGAGCGGCACGUAUCGGUUACGUUUUUGUCAAGGAACAAACAAUGCCUGGUGCCAGCAAGCCUACAAGGCUCGUAGAGGUCCUCAACUUCGAUGGUUCAUUUACAUAUCAUGCCCCAUUCAUUGGUGCUCUCGUCACUGCGAAAGUAGUUGAAAUAGGUGAUAAAUCAGCAAAAUGCAGCGUAUUCCGUAUACAAGAAACGAAUCUACAACCAGGUGCUACAUUCACUGCUUAUAUCAGGAAGGAAGACAUGCGAACCGACAUGAAAUUGGAUCAAUUCCGUGUUAGAGAUGUUGUGCUUCCGGGUGACUAUGUGAUUGCAACCGUCAAAUCAAUGGGUGAUUCGCAUUACCUUUUGACUAUAGCUGACAGCCGACUUGGUGUGGUUGCAAUACGAAGUAAAAACGGAAAUUCAUGGGUACAACCGACAGGAAAUAAUUUAUCAUAUCCACGAAAGGUAGCACUUAUACCUAGUACUGUACCUAAACUUGAUAAUAUUGCUGUUGCUGCUGUUUAG